AAGUCAAAUGAAGUAGUUUCAACCUUUCUUGUAUUAAUCUUGUUAUGUACCUUUUUUUCUGGUGUUCCGGGGAAGGGGAUUCGGAGAGAGGACUAUGAUGGGGCUUGUGUCGUUUAGGGUUUGUGAAUGUUAGCUAUUAAAAAUCUGAUCAGGAUUUGUGGGAUGGGAAAGAGGAAGGCAAAGUCGAAGCCACCUCCAAAGAAGCGAAUGGAUAAGCUGGACACUGUCUUCAGCUGCCCUUUCUGCAAUCAUGGCACCAGUGUUGAAUGUCGCAUUGAUAUGAAGAACUUGAUCGGGGAAGCUUCUUGCAGAAUAUGCCAAGAGAGCUUUAGCACUACUGUCACAGCUUUAUCGGAGCCAAUUGACAUAUACAGUGAGUGGAUUGACGAAUGUGAACGGGUGAACAACCCGGAAGAUGACGGUGCUUAGUAGUGUGAUGAUAAGAAUCCAGUUGGAAGAUGAUGGUGAUUAGUAGCGUUUUAAAUAAUCCAGUUUUAGCAAAUAUGAAUGGAAUUACUGUCCAUUGUAAUUAUGUCUGUCUCUAUUAUGAUGAUUAGUAGUGUUUACAAUGCACACGAAAGUAAUAUGCCUACUUUGAUGAUGCCACAUUGAUUAACAAUACAGAUGCUAGUCAUGUUAUUUACAGUGUGCUUAUGUAAAAUUGUAAGUCCCAAUAGUAGUAAGAGUUUGAAUGGUAGAUAAGUUAUAUUAACUGUGGUGUAGAAAUAAAGAAUGAGAUUGUCUUAUAUGAUAAA